UUUCUCUCCAUCUCUGCUACUCAGUAGACACCAUCUCUGUGUCUUUCUCUCCAUAUAGAAACCCUAAUUUUUCCUCUCUCUAAAACACCCCAAAACAAAUCCUACUCGUGUCUUCUAUUUCCAUUGAAAUCCACACUGAAAUUUUUCCCGUAACCCUAACUUUACAGAACUUUACUUUCUCUGGCUAAAAUUUCCCAUUCAACAAUGGCAGACAGCGUAAGUGUGCCGUUAACGACCAGCAACAACGCGAACGUCGGGGCCCCUCAAAAGACUAUCGAAGAAAUGUACCAGAAGAAGAGCCAACUCGAGCACAUCCUGCUCCGACCAGACACCUACGUCGGGUCGAUCGAGAAGCACACCCAAACUCUUUGGGUCUACGAGAACGAAAAGAUGGUGUACCGCAAUAUCACCUAUGUUCCGGGUCUUUACAAGAUCUUCGAUGAAAUCUUGGUCAAUGCCGCCGAUAACAAGCAGAGAGACCCCACCAUGGACUCAUUGAAGGUGGUAAUUGAUGUGGAGAACAAUUUGAUAAGCGUUUACAACAAUGGGGAUGGGGUUCCUGUGGAGAUCCAUAAGGAGGAGGGCGUGUAUGUACCAGAGCUGAUUUUCGGUCACUUGUUGACUAGUAGUAACUAUGACGAUACGCAAAAGAAGACCACCGGAGGAAGAAAUGGUUAUGGAGCCAAGCUCACAAAUAUUUUUUCCACGGAGUUUGUUAUUGAGACAGCUGAUGGAAAGCGACAAAAGAAGUAUAAGCAGGUUUUCUCCAACAACAUGGGGAAGAAAACUGCACCGAGCAUAACAAAGUGCAAGGAGGGUGAGAAUUGGACUAAGGUUUCAUUUAAGCCUGAUUUGGUGAAAUUUAACAUGAAUGUACUCGAAGAUGAUGUGGUUGCUCUUAUGAGAAAGCGAGUGGUUGACAUGGCUGGUUGCCUUGGAAAAACUGUGAAGGUUGAGCUGAAUGGGAAGCGGGUUCCUAUAAAAUCAUUUCAGGAUUAUGUUAAGUUGUACCUAGAUUCUGAUGCGGAAUCUGGAUCAGAUACUCCUAAAAGCUUCUACCAAAAAGUGGGUGAGAGAUGGGAAUUAUGCGUUAGUGUUACUGAGGGACAGUUCCAACAGGUUAGCUUUGUUAAUGCCAUUGCAACAAUCAAGGGUGGAACUCAUGUUGAUUAUAUAACUAAUCAGAUCACAAACUAUCUAGUGGGUGUCGUAAAUAAAAAGCACAAGAAUGCCAACAUCAAACCGCACAAUGUGAAGAACUAUUUGUGGGUUUUUGUCAAUGCUCUCAUUGAUAACCCUGCUUUUGAUUCUCAAACCAAGGAAACUCUGACUCUGCGCCAGAGUAAUUUUGGGUCUAAAUGUGAACUUCCUGAAGAAUUUUUGAAGAAAGUGGCGAAGUCUGAUAUUGUGGAGAAUCUACUUUCAUGGGCAAAAUUCAAGCAGGACAAAGACCUUAAGAAAUCUGAUGGAACAAAGAGAGGGAGGGUUAAUAUUCCAAAGCUGGAGGAUGCUAAUGAGGCUGGAACAAAAAACUCUCACAAAUGUACAUUGAUUUUAACAGAAGGCGAUUCAGCAAAGGCUCUUGCAGUAUCUGGAUUAGGGGCACUACCUCAAGAUGUUCGGGACUACUACGGAGUUUUCCCAUUGAGAGGUAAAUUACUCAAUGUGCGGGAAGCCACCGCUAAACAGCUCAAUGAGAAUAAGGAAAUUGAGAAUAUCAAGAAGAUCCUUGGGUUACAGCAAAAUAAGCAGUAUGAUAGUGUCAAGCCUUUGAGAUAUGGUCAUCUUAUGAUAAUGACUGAUCAGGAUUAUGAUGGUUCUCACAUUAAAGGCCUGCUCAUCAACUUCAUUUAUUAUUUCUGGCCGUCAUUACUGAAAAUGCCAUCUUUCUUACUCGAGUUUAUAACUCCCAUUGUAAAGGCAACUCAUAGCAGUGGAAAUGUUCUAUCCUUUUAUACCAUGCCUGAGUACUAUGCUUGGAGGGAUAGUAUAAUGGGAAAUGCAAGUAGCUGGACAAUCAAGUACUAUAAGGGGUUAGGAACUAAUAAUCAAAAAGAAGGCAAGGAGUACUUCAAAGACAUUGAGAAGCAUAAGAAGGAUUUUAUUUGGAUGGAUGACCAAGAUGGAAAUGCCAUAGAGCUUGCGUUCAGUAAGAAGAAGAUUGAUGAAAGGAAGAACUGGCUUCGGCAAUAUCAGCCUGGCACACAUCUUGAUCAGAAACCGAAGCUAAUAAAAUACAGCGAGUUCAUUAACAAGGAGCUUAUUUUGUUUUCAGUGGCGGAUCUUCAAAGAUCUAUUCCUUCCAUGAUUGAUGGCCUGAAGCCAACUCAGAGAAAGAUACUUUUCAGUUGUUUCAAGAGGAAUUUGGUCAAGGACAUUAAAGUUUCUCAGUUUCAAGGUUAUGUAUCUGAGAAGUCUGCUUACCACCAUGGUGAUCAAAGUCUUAAUGCUACAAUCAUUGGAAUGGCACAGAAUUUUGUUGGCAGUAAUAACAUCAACCUUCUUGCACCAAAAGGACAAUUUGGUACACGUUGCAUGGGAGGUAAAGAUCAUGCCAGUGCAAGGUAUAUUUUUACUUGUCUUUCUCCUAUUACAAGGUUUCUGUUUCCCAAGGAUGAUGACAACCUUCUCGACUACUUAGAAGAAGAUGGCCUUUCUAUUGAACCCACUUGGUAUGUCCCAAUUAUACCAACGGUUCUUGUGAAUGGUUCUGAAGGAAUUGGCACUGGAUGGAGCACUUCUAUCCCCAAUUACAAUCCAAGAGAUAUUGUUGCAAACGUGAGGCGUUUGUUGAAUGGUGAAGCAAUGGAACCUAUGCAUCCUUGGUAUAGAGGGUUUAAAGGAACAAUUGAAAAGGGUGCAUCGAAGGAAGGUGGGGUUAGCUAUACAGUAAAUGGACUCAUAGAAGAAGUGAAUGAGACGACACUUAGGAUCACUGAAUUGCCGAUCCGUAGGUGGACUGAUGAUUAUAAGGAAUUUUUGAGUUCUGUCAUGGAAGGUGCUAGAGAUGAGAAGGGAAACUUACCCAAGGAUGCUUUUAUCAAGGAUUUUAAAAAGUAUGGUGAUGAUGUAUCUGUAUGUUUUGAAGUCCUCUUGUCGGAGGAGAAGAUGAAGGAAGUCAAGGAUGAGGGUUUGCUGAAGAAAUUUAGACUUACUACUACAAUUAGCACAAGUAACAUGCACCUAUUCGAUCAAAGAGGCAUGAUUAAGAAAUAUGACAGCCCUGAAGCCAUUCUUGAGGAAUUUUUUCCCUACAGGUUUCAGUGUUAUGAGAAAAGGAAGAACUUAAAACUCGCACAGCUUGAAAUGGAGUUGCUGAUAUUGGAAAAUAAGGUGAGGUUUAUCCUUGGCGUUGUGAAGGGCGAAAUUAUUGUGAACAACAGGAAGAGAGCUGAUCUGCUACUGGAGCUACAACAGAAAGGCUUCGCCCCUAUCCCAAAGAAAAAAUCUGCUGAAGCUGUGGUAGCUGGGGCAAUUGAAGAUGAACCAAACGUGGGCUCGGAUGAAGUAGAAGAGAACUCUGAGACUGUCACUGGCAAUGGGGUGAAGGCUAGUGAUUAUGACUAUUUACUGUCUAUGUCUAUUGGAACCUUGACCCUUGAGAAGGUUCAGAAGUUAUGUGCUGAUAGGGACAAAAUCAGCGAGGACGUUGAGAAUUUAAGAAAAACCACUCCAGAGGAGUUAUGGUUGAAAGACCUUGAAGCUUUUGAAAAGCAACUUGACAAAUUUGAAGCUGAUGAAGAGGAGGAAAGGCAGAAGUCAACUAGUGAAAUCUAUGGUCAAGGUGGUUUUAAGGUUUCUAGACAAGCGCCAAAAAAUCCAAGGAAGAACAAUAAAACAGCCAAAAAUGCAGAAGCAGCUGCUGAAACAAUUGGAAAAUCAUCCAGUUCCAUGGAAACAGAAAAUGUCGCUGAGGUAGUGAAACCAAAAGGAAGGGGAGGUGCGAGGAAAGCUCCUGCUAAAAAGCAAGAAAAACCGCCAACUCCUGUUUCAGAAGAUGAUGAUGAUGAUGAAGUUGAAUCACUGAAAGAUCGACUUAAAGCGUAUAGACUUGAUUCUUCACCUGAACAAUCCACUGCCAUGGAAACUGAUGUGCCCCAAAUACCUGCUAAGAAAGAACCUAGCAAAAGGGCCGCUGCCCAGAAGAAGCCUAUGAUUGUUUCAGAAGAUUCUGACAAAGAUGAAAUAAACCUCGAUGAUAAUGACUCUGAUGUAGAAGUGGUAGUUAAACCCCAAGAAGCAAAAAAGAAGGGAGGGAGAAAACCAGCUGCAAAUGCCAAGGCAGCUAAACCACCUGCAGGUAAUAAGAAAAGAGGACCUGCCAACAAGCAGUCUCAAGGAUUGGGACAGAAGCUUCUAACGGAAAUGCUUCAGCCUGCAGAAAAUCCAGGAAUUUCACCAGAGAAGAAAGUGAGAAAAAUGAGAGAAUCUCCUUUCAACAAAAAGAGUGGUUCUGUUUUGGGCAGGCUUGCCAAGGAUAAUGAAACCACAGGAAGUGAGGAGAUGUCUGGUUCUGCUUCUACAUCUAGUAAUGUGGAAGAAAUUGUUGAGGUGCCAGCAAGAGCUAGACCAAAGAGAGCGAACCGCAGGCAAACUAAGUAUGUUAUAAGCGAUUCUGACAGUGAUGGUGAUUAUGACAUUGAGAGUGAGCAAGAAAAUUAUGAUGACACUGAUGAAGAUGAAGAUUAAGACUUAAGUCUCAAUUUCCUUGAAACACUGCUGUUCUUUAUCAGCUUGAUAAUUUCAAACAUGUAGUGUUUGUUAGAAACCGUUGAAAUUGAAAUGUACUGAUUUUAUUGUUGUACAUUGACUAAUUUUCCUGUAAAUGGUACUUGAGUUUUCAAGAAAUGAGAAAUUUCUCCAUUAUGAUGGCUUGAA